UUUUAACGUCUUUGUUUCCUUGGCAACUGACAACAAACACAUCAACACUGACUUUGGUCGUUAUCGAAGUAAACCUGAUGUUAUUCUCCACACUGUGUCUAUCAUUCAUGCAUUAUUCGCUUUUGAAACGUAUUAACAACAAUUUUAGAAGGACAAGAACAUAAUUUUCUGUCAUGGCGAACCGCCUCAGCUCCACUCGGUCUGGGUCCAGAACUCAUCCGAGCCAAUACCGAAUAUUGGCCCCAGGAUGUCAGGUGGACGAAACCCUGUUUGGGGGCCGAAAAGGGCUGGACAUCACUGCAUCAGUGGAUUUGUCUCAAGCAAACAAGAGAGAGAUCGUUCAGGUCAUAUCCAAAGACUUCAUCCGUAAUCUCAGGAUCCCACAGAAAGGUCCUUUGAGAGAGUCCGUUCUCCUUCCAGCAGCUUCACUUGAGAGGAUCACCUCAAGGUCCAGAUUUAUCAACGAGGACAGAGAAGCCUUGAAACAGGCGUGUCAGAAAGACAAGGAGGAAAAGGAAAAAGCAGCAGAGGCCAGGAAGCGUCAAAUCCAGGAGGCGGAUCAGUUCCGUUUAAAGAACCAGGCGCUGACCGACCUGGAGCUGGAGGCCCGUGGUCGCGCACAGCGCCUGGUGGAACGGGCCGACGCUUUUAAGAUGGAGCAAGAGGAGGAAAUCAAAAUGCUCAACCAGCUGAUCCUGGGCGCUCAGUGUCAAGCCAUCCGGGAAGUUCAGAUCCAGGAGAAGCAGCAGAUCCAGGAGGAGCUGGCUGAGGAGGAGAAGCGCCUCAACACCAUGAUGGAGGUGGAGCGCCGCAAGGCUUUGGAGAGGACCGAGAAGAUUGACGAGCUGCGGAAACAGCAGAGUGUCCUAGGGAAGCAGCAGAUUUARGAUCAGAUCCAAGAACAUCUGGAGAACAAACUACUCUUAGAUGAGAUAAAAGAACAAGAGCAACAAAAUAUAAAGGAGGCCCUGGAGAGACAGAACCUGGAAGAUCUGAAGGCCCUGGAGGAAAAAAAGAUGAAGCAGCAGCUCCUGCAGGAACACAUCAUGCGCAUCAAUGCGCAGACGGUGCAGGCCAAAGAGAAGAAGCUGGAGGAGGAGAGGCUGGCUGACCUGAGAGAUGCAGCGUAUCAGCAAAAGAUACUGGAACGACAAGCGGAGUACGAGGCAGAGCAGGCGCGCAUCAAAAAGGAGAAGGAGCUGGAGAUCGAUCGACUGAGGGCUCAGCAGCAAAGAGCGAAAGACCACAGAGCGGAGCAGGACGAGAUCCGGGCUCGCAGGAACCAGGCCGUUGCUGAGAGAAAAUGGAGGAUGAAGGKGAAGGAGCAGGCUGCGAAGAAGGUGCGUGACGACGCGGCGCUGAGGGCGGCGCGCCUGGAGCAAAUCCAAAACAAAGAGCACUGCCUGGCCAUGGAGGUGCACCGAGAGAGGGCCACGUUCGAGAGGGUGCAGAGGGUUCAACGAGAAGCAAUGGCCAAAGAGAAGGAGCAGCAGGAGAGGCAGCAUCAAAGAGCGUUACACAACUCAGAGACCAUCCGCCGGCAGAUAAAGGAGCGGGAGCUCUCAGCCGCCGCCGAGCGCAGACAAUUCUUGGUGGAGGUCGACCGGCAGGCUGAAGAGGACCGGCAGAGACGCCUGCACCUUAAGGAGGUCCAAGAGAAGAAGCUGAUGGAGCUGAGAGCAAUGGGGAUCUCUGAAAAAUACUGCGCUGAAGUGGAACGGAAAGCCCAGAAGUUACUGCCGACUCACAAACCGACUCGGUCAGGGAAGUCUUCGCUCCUUUGAGACAUUCAUCAAGUGUCAUUUAAAAGGAAAAAAAUAAAAUAAAAUGUUUCAAGCAACACUUGUCUUACACUUUUACAAGCUUUUGAUCACUGAUAAACACAUUUUUAUUAGUGUUUUAUGUCUUAUAUGCACACUGUAACUGCAAAAACAAACUGAUAAGACUGACACAUUGUUACAUUAUUUCCACACAGACACAGGAAAAUGGAGACUAUUUUUUUAUUAUUAUUCUUUUUAACUUAGGAUAGUAUUUUCCUUUCAGUUUAGUCGUAUUCUUCUGUGACAGAUCAGCUUUCUCAUUAAUAUGCUUAACAGAAAGGAGUUGAACCUAUGGGGUUAGAAUGACACUUUACACACACAGCUUAGAGCAUGUAAGGAAGUUAGGAACAUCAAGGUAAACAACAGGCUCUUAUUCCAGACCAAACAGAGCUGGAUGCUCAUAACCAUCGAAACAGGAGUGUUUUUGGCCUGUCUUCUUCUGCCUCCUUCUUUAUUCUUGCUGCAAAGCAUUAACAAGAGGAGCAAACAGGACAGGGGAGGGUAGGAGGUGGAGGGGUCUCCAUCUAGACUUUUUUUUCCCCCUCCAGUUCCCUUUGUUCACAUCUGUACACACGCCAAAAAACAAAAAAAGGUAACGGUGACCAAAAGAAACAGCACAUCACCUGGCAUACACGGACCUCAUCGGGAGUAAAUACACACGUACAAAAAAAAAAAAAAAAAAAAAAAAAAAAAAAAA